GAACUCCGAGGUUCUCGGCAGCGAGCUAAAACUCAUGGACAACGUCUCUCACACCCUCUUUUUCCCCCCCAAAGCAUUUGCCAGUCUGAGUUGUUGCGCAGUAGUACGUACCGUUGGCCAUCUCAUCUGGUCAUGAAGCCUGCAUCAAAACCUUCUCAUGGUGGGUAUACGGCGGAAUGUGUGCAUCAUCGUCAAGGAUGACCGGGAUGGCGUCGAUGAAUGCUGAAUUUGCGGUGGAGACGAUCAGACCAGCGCAUAGUCCAGCACCUCAACGAGGUUGUUGGCCAUGUGCUGUUUCCCGCUUGCAAAGGUAUAUAGUCAACGGGCCCUGCUCGAGCGUGCGGUGACUUCCCUCGUCCCUGCAAACCAUCUCACAACCUCAAAUUCCUCGUCCAUCCUCCACGAGUAAUCAUGGUUCGCACCUCCAUCGCCGCCCUUGUGGGCUCUGUCGCCGCUGUCCUCGCAGCCAACCAGCCCCCGGCUGUUCCUGAGAAUGCCCAGAUCGGCAAGCUCGCCUUCCCGGUCACCUGCAACCUUCUCGGCUUCCUCCCGCAGACCUUCAAGACCGUCUUCACUGCCACUGCCCCCGUCUUCGGUGGCUCCGGCCAGCAGAUCUACUACACCGAUGUCGUCGGCAACAUCGAGAUCCCCUCGUACAUUGUCAACCUUGCACCUCUCGUCGGUGCUACUCAGGCCCAGGCCAACGUCACUGUCAACCUCCGCUUGACCAACGCCUCCCCAUCCACCCUCCAGAUCUACAAGGCCACCAUCAACAACGUCCGUUUCCCUGCCGGCGGCGCCGCCAACAUCCGCAUCCCUCAGGGCAGCGGUACUCUCCCCAACCUCGGACCCGUCACUCUCGGUGCUGCCAACGUCGCUCACCGCAUCCUCCUCGGCCAGGUCACCGUCUUCAUCGCUCUGCAGAACGAUGCCGGCAAGACCGUCUUCGGCCCCCUCGCCGUGACCUGCGGUCAACAAGACGUUGACUUCAUCAUCGGUUCGGUCAACGUUGACAACUCCAAGGGCGCUGCCCUCGCUCCUCGCAAUGGAUUCGUCGCUGACCUGCCCGCCACCCCUAACCUCUUCCAAUCCGGUGCCUUCCGUUUCCCGUACAGCUGCGACUUCGGUGCCGUCGGCAAGUACCCUCUCGACCUGGAGAUCGUCGGAACCAUCCCCUCCUACUUCAAGCCUGGCCAGCAAUUCAACCUGGCCAACGCCCAGUCCUUCCUCCGCAUCCCCACCAACCUCACCACCCUCGCCAAGAACGCCUUCCCGCAGGCCACCACCUUCCACACCUCCGUCUCUGAGUUUGAGAUUCUUUUCACCGGCGCCAGCCCGGCCAACAUUAACGUUGCUUCCACCAACACCAUCGUGUCUGACGCUGCCAUCCCCGCCAAUGGCCAGCAGCUCAUUGUUACGAUCCCGGAGAACGGCUCUCUCACCGUCGGUCCCGUCACCGCCGGCUCGUCUGGCACCACCGGUAUUUCCGUCGGUCAGGCCAAGGCCUCCAUCGACGUCCGCGACGCCUCGGGUGCCACCCUCCUCACCCUGGCUGCCACUUGCAACGUCCCCGCUCCCCUCGAGCUCAUUGGUGUGACCAUUUCUUCCAAGACCCCAGGCAACUACUCGCUCGGUGUCAACAACACUCCCUCUUCUUAGAGGGACUGUGGCUGAUCCGGUGAUGACUGUUUGUUAUUUGGAGCAGCAUUACGUCCGGCUUUCUUCGAGAAGUGCAGAUCUGUUCGCAUCGACAUCUGAACGGGAAAAUGAUCGAGGAAGAAAUGUGGAAAUAGAUGAAAAAGCAAAUGUACAUGAUAUUCACGUUAAAUGAAGACAAGAAUGCAUGAGCUUCAUGAUGGCGCGGUCCCAGUUCUGGAGUAUUGCUCGUCGCCGAAUUUUGUUCGGAGUGAUCACGAUGUCCCU